AUGGAGGGGCAAUGGGGAGCCGAUCGGAUUUUUUCCUUUGCUGCUCUUUGGCGGUGGAGCUUCGUGGGGAUGCUCUUCGCUGCUAAAUCUGUUCUUAUGACCAUCACUGUGGAGUCAGGCCUGCACCACAUGAUCUUUGUGAUGAUGGAUAAUGUCUAUGUCAUAGUUGCUGCCGUUGUGAGCUUCUUUGUGUUCAGCCGACUUUAUGGCAAACUGGAGUGGCUGUCAUUGUCAAUGUUAAUCCUUUCAUCUCCAGCUUUCUUCAUCAUGCGCGAGCGGUGUGACGUGAAUUAUUGCGGAUUCUUUGUUUUCAAGAAGCACGACUACAACUUCUUGGGGAUGACAAGCGCUUUCUUUGGAAUUUCAGUGGGCGCUGUCGCAUCAGUUUUGUCCGAGCGAAUAUUCAAGAAUCUGUCGCGCGGGCUGAGAGAUCCGGCUCGCAGCCGGUACUACAUCCACCGAGUGCACUUGGACUUUGUGACCUUUGUGCUGCUGUGCGGUGUGUGGAUUUGGCAGUAUUACUUCAGACAUGGCACCUGGGGAAGUCGGACAGAUGUCAUGUUUGGCUCUUGGAGCCGGAGACAUUUUGUUUUAUUGUUUCUGACAGUGGGGCAGAUGUGGUGGGCUGGUCUGGUCGUUUUACACUUCUCGACCGUCACAAAGUCCUUGCUCCAGACCACAAUAGGCGUCUUAAGCGCGUGCAUUGUGGACCCAAUCAUGGGAAUAACGUGGGGGCAUAAUUGGGGUAUCCGAUCUGUUCCCUCGACCUUGAUUGCACUUCUCGUUGUGAUCUAUGCCAUCUUAUUCCAGACUGGAAGAUUGAAUGUCAAGUGGCUGUGGAAGCAAGCUGGCUUCUCUCCCAAGAAGGAGUAUGGUGGUCUGAAGGCAUUGAAGCAGAUCUGCUUUGAGAUGAUGUGCCCGAGUGCUGAAGAGGAGGAGAACGCGGACAACAAGUCUUCGCCAAUCUGUGGUUUCCUGCUCAAGUACUCCUUACCUGUCUUGUACGUUGUCUCGAACGCGCUCCAGACAGAGUUUUCGAACACUGUGUCAGCAAAUCGAUUCUUUGUGCCACAGUCACUGCAAGUAGGCAUACCCCUCUGUGGCAUGGGUUUCGCUGUCGGACUCACUCUGAACACAGAGGGUCUGUCCGGCAUCAAGACCGCCUUAGAUCCUAGGAGUUUGCCCAAGUUUUUGGCUUUGGGCUUCCUGCAGUCCGUCGUGGGCGCGCUGGCAGGUCUAUCGAUGGGCCUCGGCAUCAACUCUUCACUGUAUGUUGCAAUGGGCAAGAUUUAUACUCCACUUUCGCUUUUACUUGGUUGGUUGAUACUGGGCCGCCGUGCGCUUUGGAUCGAAUGGCUUCUCGUCACUGCGUUGUUUGAUGCAUCCAUCGUUUUGGCCUUCAUGGAUGCUACCGUGGCUGGCAGCAACACUGGCAAAACCUCGAGCGUGGCUGCAAUCCUUUGUGUGGCUGCAUCUGCAUCCGUUGCUUGCAUCUAUUCCGUCAUCAUGGAGGUAGCGCUCAAAGACUCAAAGGCGCCGUUCAUAAUCCAGAAAAUUCGGCUUGAUCUCGGAGCCUUUCUGUGGAGCAUCGCCUUUCUGCCUGUGAUGGGCUACCUGGGAGUCAUUGGCGGACGUCCAGACUUGGCUUUCUGGGUUUACCGGCCAAAUCCAUACUGGGAUUGUGAUGCUCUGGGAUCUUGCGACGAAGCUACAGGUGCCUUUGUACUCACGAACACCACCCAAUUUCCACAAGCUCAAGAGCUGGGCUGCUACUGUGGCCGUGGCGUAUUUGUGGGUUGGGACUCCUGGAUUGUCUACGCAGCGCUUGCAGUUGGCGUCGUCUAUUGCUGGUUGACUGGAAAGGUUAUUCAACACUUCUCCACGGUCAUGCGGUCUGUUUUUGACGGCUUUCCGAUAGUGCUUCUAUGGUUCGUCAUCACUCCGAUAGCAUCUCGAAUACCUUUACAGGCGUUCAGAGAACACUACGUAGAUGGACCAAAGCCGUUCAUCGAUCGUGACUGGGGCAAAGAUCUCAUGACCAUUGUGAACCCGCUGAGUGCUAUAGCCUUUCUUGUAGCAGCCGGGCAAGUUCGGGAAGUUGCGGAACUCAGUCGGAAAGUCGCGAAUGAGGAUGAGGAGUACGAGCCAGCCCUUCCGCCGUCAUCAGACGAUGACAGCACUGAGGGCACAAGCGAGAAUAGUGUAGCAGCAGUUGAUCAGCAGGAGCUGCUUUAUCCAUCAGCUUGGCCAGCGAAACAGAAAGGCGACGUGAAGAAAUUGAACAGAUAUGCUCUAGCGAGGGCCUGUGUCAAGAAGAUGGGGCAGGGAAGCUCCUGGCACUUGAUAGGAACGGCUAUGGUCUCAGACCUGCGCUUGUGGCGAAAGCAAGGCUUCGAGGUGGAGCUUCGAGGUCUUCGCAGGCGUGCUGCCUCUGAGCCUCAGGCGUUGCAGCAGGUAUGGCCUAGCUUUCUUAGCUUGGACGUGAAUGGCAACGAGGUGUUUGCCACAAAAGUGCCCCUGAGAGGGCACAAGCGGCGCGACUUGCCGCAAAGCCUGUCUGCAAGUUUGCGGCGGGGAAGCAAUUCGGUUGAGGUUACUGCUGAGGAUGAGAGGAGGCGGGAUUUUCUGCUGGCAGUGGUGAGGACUUUUCCUCUCAAGCCCAAAGAUCUUGCAGAAGGAAUCCGCACGGCAGAGUAUCAGGAAUGCCUGCAACGAGUUCAACAGAUUCUCCUCAGUGCCCGAACUUUUUCGGAAAGUUCAGAGAAGAUGCAGGUUGAAUGCGUUGGGGACGAGCACCUCAAGCUCCUGCCGCUCACUUGCACAACAAGUUUUGUUGCUCAGUUACUUGAAGCAACACUGUAG